AUGCUACUAAUUGGCCUCACUGGUUCUAUCGCAACCGGAAAGUCUACGGUUUCAUCGAUACUUUCCCAACCUCCUUAUUCUCUUCCCGUCAUUGAUGCCGACUUACUUGCGCGUAAAGUGGUAGAGCCCGGGACGCCAGGUUACGAAAAGAUUGUCGCACAUUUCUCAUCAACCACCCCCGAUCUCCUCCUUCCUCUCUAUCCUGACCAUGAUAAUACAAAAGGUGCGCCAUUGAAUCGACCAGCACUAGGUCGCAGAGUUUUCGGGGAUAGCCAGGAGAGGAAAAGAGAUAGGGGGGUGUUGAAUGGGAUUGUGCAUCCGGCAGUCAGGAGAGAGAUGUAUAAACAAUUGCUUGGAUGCUAUCUGAGGGGCUGCCGGGCUGUAGUUCUUGAUGUGCCAUUAUUAUUUGAGAGUGGAAUCGAUGUCAUCUGUGGCACAGUCCUUGUGGUGGCGGUAAGGGAUCCGAAGAUACAAAUGCAGAGAUUAAGAGACAGAGAUCCACACCUGACGGAGGAAGAUGCCGAGAACAGGGUAAAGAGCCAAGGGGACGUGAGAGAAAAAGCAAAGAGAUGCCAAGCCAGGGGGGAGGGGCGUGGACUGGUGGUUUGGAAUGAUGAAGGAAAGGAUGAACUGAAGUUGGAGCUUCAAAAGGUCAUGGGAACUAUACGAAGCAAAAGUCCUAGAUGGUGGGCUUGGUUGUUGCUAUUGUGUCCACCAUUAGCUGGACUUGCGGGUAUAUGGAACUAUUGGAGAAACCUUGCGAUCAAUAAAGAGUGGAAGAGAGGAGAACUACAAGCCAAAGCCAAAUUGUGA